CAUAUCUGUUGUUUUUUCACUGUUAAAUAUGGGAGAACAGAGGCAAUUUUUCCGUUUCCGAUUGCCUUGGCUGUCUGCAGCUCCUGCUCCCCGUCCUGUACCUACUCCUCGUCCUGCUGCUGAACCACAACCGCGACCUGCCGCUCAAACACAAGCCUCUUCCCGGCCGACUGUUACCAUCCCGAUCCAACGUCCACCGUUUCGGCCGGCGGGGAUCACCCCAGCACAGACUAAGCCCACACAGGUUCAGACUGAGCCACAACCUCAACCUGCAGCCCCUUCCCGGCCGACCGUUACUGUCCCGGUCCAACGUCCACCAUUUCGGCCUGCAGGGAUCACCCCAGCGAAGCCUACUCCCACUCAGGUUCAAGCACCACCACAAAAGACUGAACCUCAGCCAGUACCAUCUCGUGCCCCCAUACCGGCAAGGGCUGCCUCUCUGUCUCCAUCCCGUGAUGGAGAAUCCGCUUUUAAACCAUUUGGUGUUGCUGGAAAGCCUUCAGAAGAAUCAACCCAACCGAAAGAAGUCGCACCGAUCACUGGAGCUGUUAAAGAAACGCCAACAGCAGCAGUAAAGCCCAAGGAAAUGGAAGAAGGAAAGAAGGUUGCCGAAGAGCGCAGUAAAGGUUCAACGCAUGAAGAGCCAACGGUUACUACUAAACUUCUUUCGGCAGCGGCGGAAGCCGGAAAGAAAACCAGAGAGCUAUUGGGGGCUGCAAAGGAAAAAGGGAAGAGACACCCGAGAAAAGAAGACGGUGAAAGAAAGACAUGGACAACCUCAAGCACCGACGAAAAACAAAUAAAAAGUGUGAGUUCAGCAUAUCCUAAAGAUCGUAGCAGGCCGAGUGAUUCUGGUGAAAAACAUGUGGAUUCUAAAGAUGAACAAGUUCCCCUCCACAAAGAGAUCAGGGAAGAUGUUUCCAAGUUUGUUCGUAAGCUGGUCACCGGGAAACCAAAGCUGACUACAGAUGAAAAACCGGUGAGUGUUAUAACGCUAGCUGGGGAGAAUAGUGGUGCAUCUUUUCGAUGUGAUUCUUCAAGUGACGGAGAAGAAAGCUCAAGGGGAAGGAAGACUAUGGAUUCAAUGAUCAAAGAAAGUGCAGCACCCAAAGCAUAUGUCAAUAGUAACACACAGAGCAUCAACAAUUCAAUUAUGUUGGAAAGUUCUCUAGAGGGGAGAAAUCCUGGCGUUCAUCUGGACUUUUUCAAUGAUGCAAAGGCUGAACCACCACAGGCUGGAAAGAGCAAGGUUUUAAUCAUUGGAGGCACCGGAUACAUCGGGAAGUUCAUAGUUGAAGCCAGUGUAAAACAAGGUCAUCCCACUUUCGCUUUAGUAAGAGAGAGUUCCGUUUCAGAUCCCGUUAAAGGAAAGCUUGUUGAAAACUUCAAGAACUUAGGGGUCCAACUGUUGUACGGGGAUCUCCAUGAUCAUGAGACUUUGGUUAAGGCUAUUAAGCAAGUUGAUGUGGUGAUAUCCGCUGUAGGUGAAAUGCAGUUGAAAGAUGAAGCUAAGAUCAUUGCUGCCAUUAAAGAAGCUGGGAAUGUCAAGAGAUUUUUCCCUUCGAAUUUCGGAAACGAUGUGGACAGGGUUCAUGCCGUUGAACCGGCGAAAACAGCAUUAGCUACCAAGGCUCAAAUCCGCCGUGCUAUCGAGGCUGAGGGAAUCCCUUACACUUAUGUGGUCAGUAACUGCUUUGCAGGCUAUUUUCUUCCCGGUUUGGCACAGCCAGGAGCCACUGCUCCCCCACGAGAGAAGGUGGUUAUCCCGGGAAAUGGUUAUCCUAAAGCUGUUUUCAACUAUGAAGGCGAUAUCGGCACAUACACAAUCAAAGCUGUUGACGACCCCAGAACAUUAAACAAGAUCCUAUACAUUAAGCCUCCUAAAAACACCUACUCGUUCAAUGAGCUUGUUGCUUUGUGGGAGAAAAUGAUUGGCAAAACACUCGACAAAACUUAUGUUCCUGAGGACCAAUUUGUCAAACAGAUCCAAGAGGCUCCAUUUCCAAACAAUGUUUUAUUGGCAAUCCAACAUUCAGUCUUUGUGAAGGGUGAUCAAACCAACUUCGAGAUCGAACCGUCAUUCGGAGUUGAAGCUUCCGAGCUGUACCCCGAUCUGAAAUAUACAACCGUGGAGGAAUAUCUCAGCCGUUUUGUUUGAGAAAGAAAUUGAAUCAUUAAUCUUUGUCAUUGAACUAAUACUAUCAAUAAUGAAAUAAACCAUCACCAACUGGUAUAUGCCUGUAC